UUUUAUAUAGCUUUAUGUAUUAUUAAGUUCAAUAUAUGGGUAAGGAAUUCCAAUAGAAUAUAGACAGAUAGAUCGAUCUCAUGAACGCCUAUCGACAGAAGCAGUUUGCUAUAAGUCAUUUCUUCCAAUCGUCUAAGAAUAAAUCAAAUGGUAGUGAUAUAGAUGAAUCGCGUCACCAUGAAAAGCAACCAUCAGUUAAAGGAACCAAUCCAACUCUAGCCAAAUUUUCAUAUAAGAAGUCAGCAUCAGCCAAUCCAGUAAAAUAUGAAGUGCCUGCUGUUAAGAAAUCAAUUCCAUUUAAGAGAAAGGCAGAUGUGAUAGAUCAAUCUUCCAAUCGUAUCAAGAAACGAUCAUUAACACCCUUGGAAAAGCAAGUCAGGCAAUUCAAAGAUCAUAAUAAAGAUAAAUUACUAUUGUUUCAAGUUGGAUACAAGUUUAAAUCAUUCGGUCAAGAUGCUGAAAUAAUAUCAAAGAUAUUGAAUAUCAUGUAUAUUAGAGGAGGUGAUAAUAAUGAAAAUGAUGAAGAGUUCUCAUAUUGUUCAUUUCCAGAUAAUCGACUUCAUAUCAAUUUAAAGCGAAUACUUGAACACGGCCAUAAAGUUGGUGUUGUUAAACAAUCUGAAUCAGCUAUCGUUAAGUCUGUUGAAAAAACUAAUAAAUCAGAUUUAAUGACAAGAGAAUUAACUGGAACAUAUACGAAAGGAACUUAUAUGGAUGAUGAAUUAAUCUAUAAUAGUAAUUCGAAUCUGGGAAAUAUAAUAACAGAGCAAGACAAUGUUAGUUACAUCAUUUGUAUCAAUGAGAUAUCAAAUGACGAGUUUGCAUUGGUUGCAGUGCAACCAUUAACAGGAGAAAUCAUUUAUGAUCAAUUUAAAGAUAUUUUAACUCGUGAACAAUUGGAAACAAGAUUGGUGUAUCUCAAUCCUAUUGAAGUUAUAGUUAUCAACGACAGAGAAAACAUAUCCAUCGAAACAAAUCGUACUUUAAAGAUCAUAAAUCAAGAUAUUAGAAUAACGCAUAAUCAAGCUAAAGCUGAUGUAGAAAUCAUAGUGGAACUAAACGAUUACUUUAAUGAUAGUGAUCAUAAGGAUUUGAUUGAAUUUUAUACCUUGACUUUUCCAGCUUCAAUUCAAAAUUGUUUUAUUGAAUUAAUCCAAUAUUUAGUUGAAUUUAAAUUAGAUUCAAUAUUUACGAUUCCCACUAAUAUCAAAACCUUUACAAAUGCUCACAAGUAUAUGAUAUUACCAUCCAACACAAUUCAAACAUUACAAUUAUUCAAAAAUGAAAAUUCAACUGAGUCAGUGCUAGGAGGUUCCUUGUUAUGGUUAUUAGAUCAUACGAGGACGAAAUUUGGUAGUAGAUUGUUAAAGCAAUGGAUCUCAAAACCAUUGAUCGAGCGAAAUAAAAUAGAAGAAAGACUGCAAGCGAUUGAAGAUUUGAAAGGACAAUUUAUUCACGUUAUAGAUACUUUAAAAAAUGAACUAGAUAAAGUUGGUAAAACAUUAGAUCUUGAACAAUUAUUAAUUAAAAUCCAUUACUCGUGUUCUAAUGGGGUCAAUAAGAUCAAUCGUCGUGAAUUGGUAUUGAUGUUGAAUAGUUUUAAUGAUAUUCUAAAAAUAAUGGAUCAAUUCUCAAAAUCAAUUGAAGAUGUAAAUAAAUCAUAUAAGUCACCAUUAUUACUAAAGAUUAUAAAUGCAUUACAAGAAAUGUCAAAGACCAAUACGGUGGAUAAUCUCUUGAAGUUAAUCAACCCCACUUAUUUAAUGAAUGAAUCCAAAGAUGCCAGCGAGCAAAAGACUCAGUUUUUCAAUUCCUACUACAUUCCUUGGAAGGAGAUUGAACAAGAAUCAAUGGAAAUUAAAAAAAUUGAAAGUUUAUUAAAUGAAGAGUUGGUAAAAAUCCAGAAACUUUUAAAACGUCCUCAAUUACAAUAUUUAACUAAGAACAAUGAAUCAUACUUGAUUGAAGUUAGAAAUGGUAAACAAGUUGAUGCUCUUCCUAAUGAUUUUAUUAAAAUUAAUGGUACUGCAACUGUAUCGAGAUUCAGAAGUCCUGAAGUUAUAAAAUUGCUCAAAUUGUUAGAAUAUCAUCAAGAACUAUACUUAAAUCGAUGUGAUGAAGCAUUCAGAGAGUUUUUAUUAUUGAUCAACAAAGAAUAUAUAUUCUUCAAUAAGAUCGUUAAAAAUUUAUCAACCUUUGAUUGUUUAUUAAGCCUUACCACUGGUAGUCUUUUAAACUCGAACUAUAUCAAACCGAAAUUAGUCGAUGAUCAAAUUAUAGAGGUCAAGAAUGGUAGAAAUCCAAUUAUAGAAAACUUACCCCAUAUAACUAAUUUCGUCCCUAAUGAUAUCAAUAUUCAUUAUAAUAAAGAUAGAGUGUUGAUUAUAACUGGGCCAAACAUGGGUGGUAAAAGUUUGUAUGUCAACCAAGUUGCUUUAUUGGUGAUAAUGACUCAAAUUGGAUGUUACUUACCUUGUAAAUAUGCUAAAAUGGGGAUCUUUGAUUCAAUAUUCAUUAGGAUGGGGGCGUAUGACAAUAUAUUGAAGAAUAAUUCCACAUUUAAAGUUGAAAUGUUGGAAUGUAGUACCAUUAUAAAUAAAUUAACAUCAAAAUCAUUAAUUAUUUUAGAUGAAAUUGGAAGAGGUACUAGUACAAGUGAUGGGAUUGCAAUUGCGUAUUCAAUAUUGGAUUAUAUAGUGGAAUGUAAAGAAAAACCACUUGUAUUAUUCAUAACUCAUUUUCCAUCAUUACAUGUAUUUGAAACAACGUAUCCAAAUCAAGUGAAGAAUUAUCAUAUGGGAUUCAAAGAAAUUAAGGAUAGUAAGAAUGAAUUUCCUCAAAUUGUAUUUUUAUAUAAUUUAGUUGAAGGCGUGGUUAAUAAUCUGUAUGGUUUGAAUGUUGCUAAAUUGGCUGGAUUAGCCACUGACAUUAUAUCUAAUGCUUAUAAGAUAAGUGAACAAUUAAAGAAUAAAAUUGAGAUUGAAAAUAUGGAGAAAUUUUCGAUUCAAUUUAUACGAAUUUUGCAGCAAUUACAAAAUGAAGAUAAAGGUGAACAACUAAAAAUUUUAUCACAACUUGAAAGUUUAUUUAAUUAUUUAUAAAUACUUCUCU